UUAGUAUCAUGUGCGGACGUUUCGUCGGGAUCUGAUCUGACACUAGAGACUGGGGAUUGAACUGCGGCUCCUAGGUUGCUUUCUGAGUUCGUACGCCGGACUAGCAUAAGAGGCGAUGUCAUGUCGGGCCGUUAGACCUACACAUGCUUCAAGCCGACUAGCCGAGUUACAAGAUUGAUGUAAUUCAGGAUUUGUUUUCACAUUAUUGGCUUCCUGACGAGGCUCUGCAUUUGAUAUCUGGGGUAUUUAUUUCGUUUGAGUAAACAGCAGUUGCAAACUUUAGAGAGGGACGCAUGUGAGGUUCAGGUUGAUCCUUCUAAUGCCUAGGCUUCCUACUCGGUGCUUAUCGUGUGCUCGGCAUUUCUUGUGAACAUUUGGUUAGUGGUAUUUAUCUGUAAAGCUGUGCUGAAAAAAUUUAAAUUAAGCUAUCUGUAGAUCUAUGCUUAUGGAUGCCAUAAUUUGUUCAAAUAUUUAGGUAUUCAAGGGAAACUUUUUUUUUUUUUGAGAAAAAGGCCCUGUGUCUCAAUGCAUUUAUAGAAGAAGUUUGUGUGAAACUAGACUAGCUACUUGCGAUUGGUCAUUGCAUCAUCACUAGACACUGCGACUGGGCUAACCUACGGGCUGAUGAACGAUGAUAAGAUAUCAUGAUAUUUCUCCCUCUCUUUCGAAUUAGCUUUACAGUACAUGUUCUGUUCAACAUCGUCACAUUCUGUUGUAAGUUGGCAUAUGGCUGCUAGUCAUAUCUGGGUCGUGGUGAUCCAUCUACUGUACUUUUUCUACAAUGUUUGUGUCAUAUAUAAAAUCAUGGAUGGACAUUAUGAAAUCAGUUUCAUAGGGUUUUUCUUUGUAUAUAAGAGCAAUGGUGGGCUAUAAUGUCAGGAUUCUAAGGGAUGCAGUUAAAGUGCCGUGAUGGCAGCAAUGAACAUUGAUCUGGGAGGAUUGGCAGGCAGGCCUACUACUUCACAGGUGGAUCCUUUUCAAAGUGCUUUGUAUGGAGCUGGACCUGGACUCAUCCGAAGUGGACUAGGAGUGUACAGUGAGAAGUUUUCAGGUUCAAGCUCCGACUUUAUGCAAAGCAAUAUCACCCAAUAUUUGUCCAAUCCACAAUAUUACUUUCAAGUGAACAACCAGUAUGUGAGGAACAAGCUGAAGGUUGUCUUGUUUCCUUUUCUGCAUCGGGGACACUGGACUAGGAUAACUGAGCCAGUGGGAGGAAGGCUGUCAUACAAACCUCCAGUUCAAGACAUCAAUGCUCCAGAUCUGUACAUCCCUCUGAUGGCUUUUGCCACCUACAUUGUUGUUGCUGGAUAUGCCUUGGGUGUUCUUGGAAGGUUUACCCCGGAGGCACUGACUAUACAGUUCACAAAAGGGUUACUCGAUUGGUUUAUGCAAGUCAUCCUCAUUAAAGCACUACUUUACUCACUGGGAAGUGGUGAAUCGCCGUUGCUUGACAUUGUGGCAUAUGCCGGCUAUGGGUUUGCCGGUACCUCACUUGCGAUGCUUGUCCGCAUCUUCUGGAGCUACUCAUACUAUUUUGUGCUGCCAUGGUUCUGUAUCUGCACUGGAGUGUUCCUGGUUAAGACGAUGAAGAGGGUUCUGCAGGGUGCAUCGAGGACUUAUGAGAGACAUCCUAGCAGGAACCACUACCUUCUUCUAUUCCUCGCGGCCGCGCAAUUCCCCAUGCUUUUUUGGCUAGGCAACAUCAAGGGCUGAUGUUUCAGUCUUGUCUCGGAACAGGGAUACCUUUUUUCCUUUUCUUUUCUUCAAGGCGGAGGCUAAAACUCGAUCAGAAUAAAGUUUGAGGUUUUGUCUUACUGAUGAACUUUUGUAGUAGCCUUGUCUAUAGUUCAGGCUCUUAUUGGAGUGGUAAAUUUCUUGAUAGAGGACCUAAAAAAUAUGCAGUCAAUGUUAUCUUAUUGGUCUGCAAAGGAUGUUACUUUCUCAUGAUUUAUGACUAGCUGAAGACAAA